AUGCUCUCCAAGAACCUCAUCUCCAUCCUGGCUCUGACCUCCGCCGUCUCCGCCUCUCCCGCUCUUCGUCGUCAAGCUUCGAGCACCGACAACUGUGCUCAAUGCUCUGCCGAUGACGCAGCUUGCAAAGGCGCCUGUUAUGCAGCAUACAACACUUGCAGAACUACCCGCGGUCCCGAUGGCCUCUCCGCCAACCAGGCCCAGUGUGUCUCUGAAUACGCCUCGUGCCUCGGCGAGAACCCUGUUGCCUCUACUGGAGGUCUGAUCUCGAGCUUCAUUCCUUACAGCGCUACUGCCUCUUCAUCCGCAGCUGCUGCGACCACAUACGCCUGCAACCCCGCUCACUCUUACCCUGGCGGCCAGCAAUGUAUCUCUACCAACGGAGCCUUGACUCUUGUCACAUCUGCCAGCACAAAGCCUUCCUCGACCACCGCUGCUGCCGCUGCCACUUCGUCCGCUGCCGACAACUGCAAGACCAAGGACAACAAGUGCCGCACCACUCGCAUGAAGGAUGGAUCUUCUGCCAACCAGGCCCAGUGCUCUGCCGAGAACGCUCAGUGCCAGGGCGACUGCUACGCAGCUCUUGGCAAAUGCCAGACCACCCGCGGCCCUGACGGUCUUUCUGCCAACCAGGCCCAGUGUGUCUCCGAGUAUGCCUCUUGCCUUGGUGAAAACCCAGUCGCCUCCACCGGCGGCCUGAUCUCCUCGUUUAUCCCCUACAGCGCCACUGCUUCCACCAUGGCCACCUCGACCGCCAAGGCCUCCUCUGCCGCCGUCUCUGCCGCCGCCCCCGGCUCCAACCCCAAGAAGGUCAACGGCGCCACCUGGACUUUGAACAACGUGAUUCGCUACUGCGGCGACAACAGCAACACCUGCGACUACAACUUUGACAUUGUGGCCAACGGCAAGACCGAGCACUGCACCAUCGUCAACGCCAGCAACAAGUCCUUCAACGGCGAGAAGUGUGCCAACGGCGAUUACACUGUCAGCUGGGGAUACGUCGCCAACCCUGCUCCUGCCUUUGCUGUCAUCACUGUUGUUGAUGCCAAGAACGAGUUGGCUUGGUUCGGUGCCAGCAAUGUCGACAGCCAGCGCACUUGGGGUAACCUUGGUCCUGAGCAGGUUUACACUUACAACUAA